AUGGAAGAAAGAGCACGUAGGUUUGCUGAUGAUGCCCGUAUGGCAGCGGCGACAGCUGCAGCAUCAGCACGUCCUAUUCGAAUGCGUCUUGUGAAAGGCACAUGCCAGAGCAUUGAGAAAAGCUUUUUUAGGUUGACAGCGGCACCAGAUCCUAGUCAGGUACGUCCACCAGAAAUUCUAGAGAAAUCUUUGGAGAAUGUUAAAAAUAAGUAUCGAGAGGGAUUAUCGUAUCAAUAUUUAUCAGAUCAGCUGCGAUCCAUCAGACAGGACCUCACUGUACAACGGGUAAGGAAUAGUUUCACGGUCCAAGUCUAUGAAAUCAACGCUAGAAUUGCUCUGGAGAACAAGGACAGUCAGGAAUUCAACAAAUGUCAGAGUCAACUGAAACUUUUAUACAGUGAGGUUUCCGAUUGUCCUAAUGAACCAGAGUUUGUGGCGUAUCGCUUACUAUAUUACAUAGCGAUGGCAAAUACGCUGGAUAUUUCGUCUUUGUUGAAGGGUUUGCCGGACUCAAUGCGGUCGGAUGAAUGUGUGUCUUUUGCCUUGAGAGUUCGUCGUGCUGUGUCCAUGGGAAAUUACCCUACUCUUUUUAGAUUGUUCAAG